AUGGAUCUUUCGGUGCUGAAUGGCAGGGGAGCGAUUGUAACGGGUGGUGGUUCCGGCAUUAGCCUAGCUUUUGUCAAACUCCUUUUCCAGGCCGGCUGCAACGUACUCAUUGCAGACCUGAGGCUUCAUUCCGAAGCCGAAGAAUUCAUCAACUCAAUUGGCUCACGCAGUGAUCUGGCAACGAAGGGGAGUGAUGGAACUCGCAUCGCCUUUCACAAGACGAACGUGACGGUGUGGAAAGAAUUGGAAAAUCUAUUUGAUGUCUACAAGUCGGAGUUCGGCGGUGUUCCGUACAUUGUGUGCUGCGGCGCAGGGUUGUAUGAGCCAACAACAAAAGGAUGGUGGGAUGAAAAGGACGACGAUGACACCUAUCUUCUAUUCCGCGUCAAUGUCUUCCAUCCCAUGAAAUUGUGCCGUAUCGCUCUGAGAAAGUGGUUAGGUGCAAACGCUGAAGGAAUCAUCUGCUUCAUCUCCAGCACCAGUGCACAGAAGGCCAGCAUUGUUACCCCGCUAUACCAGCCCUCCAAGCAUGCUAUUAGCUGCUUCACGAGAUCCAUGGCGCCACUGCAAGAUUUGUGCGGUGUGAGAAGCUGUGCUGUUGCUCCAGGGUUGACAGCAUCACCUAUGCUUUUUGGCUCUGCGGCGACACUAAAGCUUUUCGAUCCAGAAAAAGACACAGAGAGACUUGCCACUCCACAGGCCGUAGCUGAAGGGUUGAUGGCGGUCGCGAUGGAUCGAGAGCACUACCCGCCCGGAACUGUCUUGGAGGUAACGGGGCCUAAUGGCCGAAGAGUGGUUAAUAUGUUGAACGAUCCAGGACCAGCAGCAAACACUUUUCUCACUGGCAAAACGGUCGGUCUGCAAGAUGUAAAGGCAUGGAUUGAGAAAGAGCGCGCUGGAAGCAUAUCAUGA